GUAGUCAGUCAGGUAAUCACCGUAAAAGUUUCACACCAGAACUGGUGCAAAGUUUCGCAGCAGAAGCCAGUAGUCGUACGUGGUCAAUCAGGCAAUCACCGUAAAAGUUUCACACCAGAACUGGUGCAAAGUUUCGCAGCAAAAGCCAAUAGUCGUAGGUAGUCAGUCAGGCAAUCACCGUAAAAGUUUUACACGAGAACUGGUGCAAAGUUUCGCAGCAAAAGCCAGUAGUCGUAGGUAGUCAGUCAGGCAAUCACCGUAAAAGUUUCACACCAGAACUGGUGAAAAGUUUCUCAGCAAAAGCCAGUAGUCGUAGGUAGUCAGUCAGGCAAUCACCGUAAAAGUUUCACACCAGAACUGGUGCAAAGUUUCGCAGCAAAAGCCAAUAGUCGUAUGUAAGUCAGGAAUGUUUUGUUUUGCAGUCAGACAAUCACCUAUAAAGGCAUAUAACCUUAUGUCGUGCAUGCGAUGGUCGUGUGACGUCUAUAAGUUAUAGAAUCGAAGCGCAGUUGAAACAAAUGUAAGUAAGAUCACACCAAGGAAGGCAAGCUUUUUUUUGCUUUGGGUACAGAGAGACCCACCAAAGUAAAAUACAUGCAACAAUACCUUUAUCAGUUUGUUUGAAGCGACCGUCAUAGUAAAUUUGCGAACAACAACAGUACUUCAGUUUUAAUACAGCUACAGAAAAAUUCUUGUAGUUUUUGGCAAUAAGAUAAGCUUAGGUGAAACCUUCUUCGGUACGUUUAAAAAUCGAGUUGAAGACGGCAAACGUGACGUAACUACGUCCUACUGCAUAUCUCGCGCUUCGCGCUUGCGCCUCUAAACAACCCUAAGCACCUUAAUGACGCCUUUUGCGCAGGCUACGGUUGAGUUGUAAGGGCGAUUAUUCUGUAGAAAGCAAUAACUUCAUGAUAACCAGAAGAAAAUAAAAAUUCCAAAGAAAAAUAUCCUGUUCUUCAGGACAAAUGGUUAAAAAAAGAACAACCUAGUUGUCUAUUAAUUUGUUUAUUCAAUAGUCCAGUUUAAACCCUGCUUGCGGCAAUUUUAGGAAAAUGUGUAAAUACUGUUCACAUUUGUAAUUUUCUCUCAUUUUUUGGCAAGAAAAUUGUAAACUAUUUUUUAUUCUUUUUUUCUACAUUGGCCAAAGAGCCUCUCAAACGUAACCAUGGCCGGUAACGCCCGCUGUCAAAUUUGAGGUCCUACAACCGGGAAACAUCACCAAAAAAGCGUAAUCUGAGUCACUGUGUUCGAAGAUAUGAAUAAAUCUGCUAACAGAGCUCUUACAAUUUAUACGAUAAAAAGCUUUAAGAGCAAGAAAUGCCUCAGCGUCAAAACAGAUACUGGUAUGAAAGUCAAAGAAUGAUAGCCGUUCGGGAUUUACCCCGCUAUACUACAAUUUACUACACAGACGUUAGCAUUAAAAUGCAACGGCACAAUUGGAUGUUGCCUUUUUUAAAAACAACAGUUACUAUAACGGACGCGAAAUACGUCAAUAUACGGGUAGUAUCCUAACAGAUACCUGUGCAGUUGCUAAACGCCUUCCAAAUGACCAUAGAUCGAGGAGGUUUCCCGUCCCGGUGAGCACAUAACAAUUAAAAGAGAAAUCAGUUCUGAGUUCACUCCGCUAAGAGACCAGAGUGUAUUAUUUAUUGGAGAGAGUUUUUGUAUUCAAUCGUCUCAAUAUUUAAUGGCAUUUAUGUGCAUUAGCGAAUGUUAUUAAUUCGAUACACAUGCACGGCAACCUGACAAAGAAACACAACCAUUUUGCUUACCUUUUGGCCACCUUAGCAUCAGGUUUAAAGUAGAACGUAGGCCAGUAGCUGAUAUGUAGACAGGCAUUUUAAAACACGAACACACAAAAGUGUUUUCUAUAAAGGAUCGACAGCGAAACGACUAAAAACAAAGCGGCAUGUUAAUAUUUAACUUUCCUGGGAAAAAAAUACCCGCUCUUCACUGCUAGCCAGCAAGACUUUCAGAAAAUAAAAAUCCCAGCCAGCAAUCAUGUUUGACGGUUUUUUGCCAGCCAGCAAGGUUAAAAAAAAAAAAUUACGCAAUCCCAGCCAGAGUGAAACGGAAUUCGGUGUUUGCCAGCCAGCGGUAGCAGAAGUAAGUUAUGAGCCAGCAAAGUUUCAUUUAACACAUUGCCAAGAAAAACAUGUAAGUCAGUAGGCAAGAUCUGUUUUACGUCAAAUUGACAUAAUGUAAAAGAAAAGCGUGUUUAACCUGUUUCACCCUUUUAUCUAGGUGUCGUUUUUUUUUUCUUGAGAUAUAGGGAAAAGAUCAUUGUAUUUUUUUAGUAUAUGUUAUUCCCUAUCCCUAAGUAUUACAUAACAAUAACAUAACAACUAAAGACAUUCAGCGGUACUUACAGUUUUGGAAUGUGGACUUGAGGAGUAGCCUUGAGUUUUUGCCAGGUAAACGAUAAAAAGGAAGAUCCCGAACAUUGUCCAUAACACAAUAACACGUAAAAAAAGUGAUCACCGCAAAGCCUUAAGACCAAUGCAUUUUUUCCAACGAUAAUCAACUGAGCCGAAAUAAAGUUUAAGAAUAAACAACAUAACGAGUAAGCUCGAUCUACGUGUGGUCUCCUCUGCAAAAUCACACCAAAUUCAGUGUAGACACAUGCUUAUCGCCAGCAUUGUAUGCCGUGCCUACUGUUACUCCGCAAAAAGUUUACACCAGAACUGAUAGAAAGUUUCGAGUAAACAGGCUUUCCGUCGGAAACUUCUAACCGCUACGGCUGAAAACCACGAAUCUACAAAGUAAGGUAACGUUUGCGGUCUUUAACUCGAGUUUCAACGUGGGGAGGAUGGUUUCCUCUUUCGUCAUUUACGUAAACGCCUGACAGCAAACAAGGGCCUUUCUGUUGCGGUAUAAAAAACAAUACUGUCCAUGUUUUAAAAUAUGCUAUGGCAACAGUUUACUUUUUAAAGCCAGACUGAUAACGUGUUCUUGUAGUAUUUUUCUCCGCACUAGUGAGGGCUUGUCAUCCUGAGUUUGAUCUUACUCACUGAUUUUUUCUGUAGUCAAGAAGCCAUAAUGGUAUGUCGUCAGACAAUCACCACAAAAGUUUCGCAGCAAAAGCCAGUAGUCGUAGGUAGUCAGUCAGGUAAUCACCGUAAAAGUUUCACACCAGAACUGGUGCAAAGUUUCGCAGCAAAAGCCAGUACUCGUAAGUAGUCAGUCGGGCAAUCACCGUAAAAGUUUCACACCAGAACUGGUGCAAAGUUUCGCAGCANAAACUGAAACAAAAGAAAUUCAUUUUUGAAUAG